AUGGUUGAUGGAAUCUCGUCCUAUUCGGUAUUGAAAAGCAGCGACCCCUUUGUAAAAACGAUUAAUGGAGACGUGGGAGCGAUAUUCAUAUGGAUCGAUGGUGACAUCGUAUUCCUAGAAAAUCAUACAAUCCCGACGAUGGUCCAAACAAAAUUGAAUCAUCCUGACUCGCUGGUUGUUUCGGCCAACGUCGUCAACGACGGGGCUCUUAACCAUCUCCAUAAUCGUCAUCCAAUUGCUCUCCCAUAUCGUCCUGAGCUACGGCCCGUGCGACCCGUUGACCAAGACAGCUGGCGUGCUUCAACCUUGCCUCGCUGGAGAGGACCUGCGGAAUUUCGAAUCUCUAAAGGAUUUCCGCCUCCAUUCGAAAACCAUCGCUGGCUUCCUUCUGAUGUCGAAAUGUUUAACCAUACCCCGAUUGGUAUGUCUAUGUACUCGGACAAUGGCCCAGACCUGGGGGACUGGACCGUUAAAGCUCAGCAACAUUAUUCUUUUCUACACCAUCUUGAUUUGGGCGAUCUAUAUCGUUACAAAUUUCCUAUUUGGACUAAUCCGACGGAUUCUAUCAGCACAAACUUCUUCUGUUUUAUGAGCAACGACGCCAAUCCUGUCUUUUCGUUUAUGCACAAUGGUGGUUUGCGGGAAACGGGCUUGAAAACACCUAGAAAUGGGAGUCGUGCAACGCAAGAUAUCAUAAUCGAUGGAAAGGGUCUAGCCGCCCACUACGGGUCUGAUCGUGGCUCAGAGGAACUUGAAGAUACAGAUGUGCUCUGGAGAUAUCGGUCAUAUGCGCUAGAGAUGGUCUGCCCACAAUCAAUCAGGCACUCUACUAUAGAUAUAACAGUAAAUAAAUAA